AUGACUUUGACCGCUACCACCACCAACCUCAUGAUUCACAGCACUACUGGAAAUGCAAAUAGAGCAUACAUUGGAGGUGCCAUCAGCUUAACAGCUGGACUCGUUUUGGGCACCACACGUCUUCUUGGGUUCAAUACGGCUCGUGUAUUCACCAAACAAGUAGCAGCAUCGGUUGCAGACUGGAUGUACAUGGUAUCCCAUCACCGAACUCAAUUUCCGCGGCUAUUGGUAGACACAGCUGCUUCACACUCCAACCGACCACUGGAACAUCUCAAAUUGCUCAACAAUGCACCCAUUUCAGUCGUCUCAUCACUCGCUGCAGCAAAGCGAUCACAGCUGUUAUUCGUGCAUAGUGCAUAA